UUUAUUAUUAAGCAAUAUUCCAUUAUUUCCUGUAUUGGCUGGUGAAACCAAAAUAGUUUUAAUAUUUUCAUUUUUUAUUGCAGUUGAUGAAAGAGCAUAAGCAAAGGAAGGAAGAGAACAAGUUUUGUCAAGUCGUCUACUACUCCUUCGACCUUUAUUGUGCCCUCUAGCAGUUGAUGCAGCAUUCCGUCUGGAUAAUGCAAUUAUAUGGUCGGCUGACUCUCGCUUCCGUAUAAUCCGCGUUGAAUCUGACCGUGUUUAUUUAACUUUUUUUUUGAUCAAAUCAUGAGUUUUUUAAUUUUAGUUAACUACCGUAUUUUCUCGAUUAAUUCCCCCCUCCCUCGAAUAAUUCCCAACUAUCGAUCAACUCCCCAGGUUGAAACAAUAAUUCCCCUCCUCCAAGUGCUCUCUAUUACACGUUCAAACUUCAAAUAAUUCCCCAACCCAGGGACUGCUAAAAAUAUUAAUUUUAAGGGGAAUUAAGCGAGAAAAUACGGUAGUACUAUUAAAAGUAUUUCAAGAAAAGUUUUGGUUAAUCUACUCUUUUUCCCUGGCCAAAGAAAAAAACUUUUGCCUAAAAAUCUCCUCGCCUUGGUUAUUAAUGUAGUUCCGUAAAAUUUUAUUAAUGUAGUUCGCGGUUAUAGGGGAAAUGCCAAAUAAAAAUUUUAAGUUU